AAUUCUGCCCAUAUAAUCUUUCGAACUUAACAAGACACCAGACACCAGGAGAGAAAGUACAACUGAAAACAUCAAAGAUCAAACCCAAAGAAAAAGAAAAUGUGGAGCUCAAAAUUAAUGUUUGAAAUAUCUAUAUCCCUAGCUGCUUUGUUGCUAUUUGCAUCAUCAGUUUUGGCAGACGACGUCGUUGUGCUCACCGAUGACAACUUCGAGAAAGAGGUCGGCAAAGAUCGCGGCGCUCUUAUCGAGUUCUACGCUCCUUGGUGUGGCCACUGUAAAAAGCUUGCUCCAGAAUAUGAGAUUCUUGGCACAAGUUUCAGAAAGGCAAAGUCGGUUUUGAUUGGGAAGGUGGACUGUGAUGCACAUAAGAGCCUCUGCAGCAAAUAUGAUGUUUCUGGAUACCCCACUAUUAAAUGGUUUCCCAGAGGGUCCUUGGAACCCAAAAAGUAUGAAGGUGCACGUACUGCAGAAGCCCUUGCUGAAUUUGUGAAUUCUGAAGGAGGAACCAAUGUUAAGAUAGCUGCUGUUCCGUCCAAUGUACUUGUACUAACGCCAGACAAUUUCAAUCAAGUCGUCCUGGAUGAAACAAAAGAUGUUCUGGUCGAGUUCUAUGCUCCAUGGUGUGGCCAUUGCAAACAACUUGCCCCAACUUAUGAAAAGGUUGCUGCGGCAUUUAAAUUGGAGGAAGAUGUCGUUAUUGCUAAUGUUGAUGCUGACAAAUACAGAGAGUUAGCUGAAAAGUAUGGUGUAAGUGGUUAUCCUACUCUGAAAUUCUUUCCGAAGAGCAACAAAGCUGGUGAAGACUAUGGUGGUGGAAGGGAUUUGAAUGACUUUGUAACUUUCAUCAAUGACAGAUGUGCUACUAGUCGUGAUGAGAAAGGGAAACUUACUUCAAAGGCUGGUAUAGUUGCUACUUUGGAGAACUUGGUGAAAGAGUUUAUCAGUGCUGACAAUGACAAAAAGAAAGAAAUCCUUGCCCAGAUGGAGGAAGAAGUUGAGAAGCUUAAGGGUACCAUUGCAAGAUAUGGCAAGAUCUAUCUGAAGGCUGCCAAUAAAUGUUUGGAUAAAGGUGCAGAUUACCCCAAAAAUGAAAUCCAGCGGCUUGAGCGUGUACUUGAAAAGUCAAUCAGUGACGUAAAGGCAGAUGAGCUCACGCUCAAGAAGAACAUCUUGUCAAACUUUGCUUGAUCCAUGGUACAGCCACAAGUGAAAUCACAUCCUUGUUUUUCUUGGACGCAUUUGCAGCUUUUUACCUGGAGAUUUCUAGUCCAUCCAUGUUUAGGUCUGAGAAAAUGCUACUCUGGUGGAGUUCUGACUAGCUUGUUUCACUGCAGGUUUUGGCAACUGAAAUUCUAUAAUUAGUAAUAACAUAACAUUUUUCUUAGUGAAACUUGAAGAACUAGUGUGUGGCAUGUUUACACGGGUAGGGAUGAUCUGAGGACCAUUUAUGACAAACCACUUAGAUGCAUAACUUCUGCUGUGCUAAAAAUAGGUUCAGUGUUUCUAUAAAGUUGGGCUUGUCUGAGCACAGGUUGGAGCCUUUUA